GAGAAGCAGAAGCAAGAGAGAGACAGUAACAUACGCCACAGUCUGCGACGGCUGCGACACAACGUACAUCGAUGCUUUCAAGACAACAACUGUUUAUGUGGAAAUGUUGCCUGGAGACACGUGUUGCACAGGGACCAGGGAGGGAAGGCAGGCAUCACAGCUUUGUUGACAGGAUGGUUUUUCAUCUGAAAAGCAGGGUUUGCUGACCUCUGAAGCGAUGGAGGACAAAACCAGAGGUUGUGCGGUGACGGAGGAGAGUGAGGUGGACGUCCAGAUCAGACAAACCAAACCUCAACCACAAGCCAACAACAACAGCUGGUCAAACGGCCAGUGUGUUCUGUCAGUGUCCAGCUGCUCAACGUUAAACCCACGUUUUGAUCUGUCUCAGUGUCGAGCCAGACUGGAGAGCGAUGGCUUCCAGAUUCCAGUCAGUGACAUGGAGGAUCCACUGAGAACAGCUCUGGAGGUUCCCUCAGUCAGGAGAUACAUGGUUUUUAACUCGGCUUACUUUCAUUUCAUAAUGGCACCGGUGCUGUAUGUUGUGGUUUGGUGCGCCGUGUUCUCCACCCUCCACCUCUACAUCACCGUCAGCGACUACUGGGUGCUCUGUCUCUGCGUCAGCAUGGUCUCCAUCUUCCUCACCACCGCCAUCAUCUUCGUCCUGCACCAGAGUAACAAGGAGAUCAACAUGAAUUUAGACGUGCGGUUAAUCCAGGUGAAUGAGAGGAUGGUGAAACACAAGCUGCUGGUGGCCGUGGCCGACUGGGUACAGAGCUGCACAGGAAACAUGCAGUUGUACUUUGUAUACUGGGACAUGACCCGCUGCCUGAGGGCCCUGACUGAAGCUUUAGAGGACCACAGCUUUGUGGCGAAUGACAUCCAGAAAAAACUGAAGAAGAAAAUGUCCCACCUCGUCCUCAUGACUAAGGUCACGGCUGUUGACCGGGAGGUCGUCGGCUCAGAUGUGGAGCAGCAGGCCUCAGAGGAACAGAGGCCUCUGCUCACGCAUGACGACCAGGACGCAGGCUGCAGUUCCUCAUCGAGCCAGCGGGACGACAACAAAGUCACUACCAACUACAGCCUCAUCCCUGACCCAUCAUUACCUGCUGAGGCUAAAGCCAACCAGCUUCUGAUGACGUACAGCGCAGCCUAUGUGAAGCUGCUGGUGUCUGAGAGGUUGUCGGGACCGUCACACCACCGCCUACGCUCCCGGAGGAAUCACUGCACCCUCGCCCCUCUCUGCCUCUGCCAGUUCAUCAAGAAGAAGAUCCUUCAGUAGCAGAGCUGACCACACUCCAAAGACUCUCGAACUGAUAAACUGACAUUUCCAAACUGGCUUAAAGACACUUUGCACUUGGGAUUUCUCUCUUUUCCAGUCUUGCUUGUCCGGCCUGUGGGCUACUGUGCCUGUGCCUGUGCCGCUGUCUUCACGCCAGCUCUGUGUUUGCACCACCUGAUAUUUGCUCAUUUGCACUCUGCCAAAUGCAUCACACUGAGAACACAUGCAGGUCAAUCCAGCUGCUGUAAAGCAAUAUUUGUACUCUUGUAUACACAACAAUCGAGGCACUGGGUACUUCUGUUUAAAUCACUUUCAUGAACAAUUAAUAGAUUCUUGUGAUUUGCAGUAGAUUCUACAGUAUCUGUCUUUAUGACUGACGGCAGUGAGAGAAUAUAACUUUGAACCAUACAGCUCCAAAGCAUAUGGAUCGCCCCCUGGUGGUUGGCGGCAGUAAAGGUCAUAAACCCUGCCUCCUCCAUGUAAGUGGACCGGACAUGGACCAAACUAAAAAAAAACAAAAUACACGUCGGAUGAAUUUGACAUGAUACCACGGCUCCAUUCUCAGAUGACCACUGCAUAGAGUGGCUCCGAAUGACAUAAUUUGUUCAAGAUGGCCGCCUUCAUAUCUGGGUUAUUCUGGCUUUAUUUCUGGACAGUAUAGAGGAAGUGGAGGUGGAGACAUGUCAUCCAUCUUUACUUCAGACUACGCUCAUUUUUACUUUACUUUAUACUUCUAUCAUUCCCUCUGAAAUGUUGUAAAGUAGGUGUACCUACAAAUUGUACCUAGAUGUAGUUGGGUUGAUGUCCCUAAUUUCACAGCACCUCUAGGGUUUGAAUGUAAAACCUUCACUUUUGCUGUAUUGGUACGUUCACUCAAGUAAAAGAGUUUUGAGGAUUUGAGUAGUUUUUCCAACUCUGCUUGGAGGGUUGACAAGAGAUCUAGACACAAUGGAAGCAUGAAGGGGAAGACAGAAGAUCCCCUUGGUGCAGAUGUGUAAUGAUGCUGAAACACGAGGUAACGUGGAUCAUUGGCUUUAGUUUCCUGCCUCCAUGACCUCAAAUCCCACAGAAUCGUCUGCGCUUGCGGUUGCACACCUUUAGUUUUCACGUGUGCAGGUUAAAUUGGUUACCCAGGCAUUAGUUUGCAGGAGGCCGGAUACGUAUUUCCCAGCGAUCAUCCAUCAGUCCUGAUGUGGCUGAGACCACAGCCCAGUGAGGGAGCCGCAGGAUGACGCAAACACACACAGCGAGACAGCCAGCGUAGCCGACCCAUGGGGAAGCUGGGGACGGAGUGAUGGAGGAGAGAGGCGUGCAGCGUGAGGCCAAGUUCAAUGAUCUGAGAGAUGCUGGUUCUCCUUGGGAGGCUAAACGGCCAUCUGUGAUCCUGCUCACUCAGACUGGCUCCGCUCCCACCUUCAGGCUCUCCAUCCAACCUGUGCUCCGUUGGCCUGACUGUCUGGGUCCAUACUUCACCUGGUUACAUUUAAAGUGGCUGCAAGGAAAA